AUGGUAAUUGAAAGGUGCAGUCUAGCCUUCCUCCUGAUCAUAUAUAAGGGCUUGCUGGCGGUGGGUCGUGUGCACCGCCUGCUCCGCAAGGGCAACUACUCGGAGCGGGUGGGCGCCGGCGCCCCGGUGUACCUGGCGGCCGUGCUGGAGUACCUGACGGCCGAGAUCCUGGAGCUGGCUGGCAACGCGGCCCGCGACAACAAGAAGACACGAAUCAUCCCGCGCCACCUUCAGUUGGCCAUCCGCAACGACGAGGAGCUCAACAAGCUGCUGGGCCGCGUGACCAUCGCACAGGGCGGCGUCCUGCCCAACAUCCAGGCGGUGCUGCUGCCCAAGAAGACCGAAAGCCACCAUAAGGCCAAGGGCAAGUGA